GUUUACUUCAUUUCUCUAUUAAAACUUUCUUCUUUCUCUCUCAUCAUCAGUAUUUCUGUGUGAGAGCAGUUGUUACAAAUGGCACUCAAUUCCAAAAAUCCAACACAGACAAACAACUCUUCGUCUCUCUCUACUUUUCCCAAACACAGUUCUUGAAAUCUUCAUCCUUUGCUCAAAAGUUGAGUUUUUUGUUUCAAAUUCUUCAACCCCAGAAAAAAAAAAUCCCAUCUUUGAGAUGAAGAGGCAGCUGGGCCUUGCCGUUUUCAUGGCGGGUGCCAUUUUUUUGGUGCUGAAAUGCAAUGCUGCUGAAAAAACUCUUCUUGAAAGCGACAAGCAAGCAUUGCUAGAUUUUGCAAACAAUCUCCCUCAUUCUCGCUCUUUGAACUGGGAUGCGAAUUCCCCAAUUUGCCACAACUGGACCGGAAUCUCCUGCGACGAUGAGGGCAACAGAGUAAUUUCAGUGAGGCUGCCGGGAAUCGGCCUCCACGGCCCUAUUCCGGCCAACACGCUCGGCCGCUUAUCAGCUCUGCAGAUCUUGAGCCUCAGAUCCAACGCCAUUAAUGGGUCUUUCCCGCUUGAUUUUGGGGGCUUGAAAAACCUAACCUUUCUUUAUCUUCACUACAACCGUUUCUCUGGGCCACUCCCUUUGGAUUUCUCUCUUUGGAGGAAUCUAACCGUGCUUAAUUUGUCUCACAAUGCCUUCACCGGCACCAUCCCUACCUCCCUUUCUAGCUUGUCUCAGCUCACUGCAUUGAAUCUUGCCAAGAAUUCUCUUUCCGGUGAAAUUCCUGAUUUGAAUUUACCUAAUUUGCAGCAGCUUAAUUUAUCAGACAAUGAUCUUGUGGGUAGUGUUCCUAGGUCGUUGCAGAGGUUUCCCAAAUCUGUGUUUUUGGGAAAUGAUCAAUCUUUGUUGGAUUACACUGUCACUAGCUCACCUUUAGUGUUAGCACCGCGUGAUCAAGGUUCAAGAAUCAAGAAUGUAGGAAAGCUUAGUCAAAAUGCAAUGCUUGGGCUUGUGGUAGGUGGUUCUGUUGUAGGGCUUGUUGGUUUUGGUUUCCUGUUGUUUGUGUGCUUGCUUAGGAGGAAGGCUGACAACGAUGAUGAUGUGUUUACCGGGAAGCUCGAGAAGGGGGAGAGAGCUAUCUCCGGGGGCGAAGAUGGGAGUAAUAAGUUGACCUUCUUCGAGGGGUGUAACUAUGCCUUUGAUUUGGAGGAUUUGUUGAGGGCUUCCGCUGAGGUGUUGGGUAAGGGCACGUUUGGGACGGCCUAUAGGGCGAUCAUGGAGGACGCAACGACAGUGGUGGUGAAGAGGCUCAAGGAUGUGAACGUCGGGAAGAGGGAUUUCGAGCAGCAGAUGGAGUUGAUUGGAGGCAUCAAGCAUGAGAAUGUGGCUGUGUUGAGGGCUUACUAUUACUCAAAGGAUGAGAAGCUCAUGGUUUAUGAUUAUUACACUCAAGGGAGUUUGUCUUCGAUGCUUCAUGGAAAACGAGGAGAAAACAAGACUCCGUUGGACUGGGAAAGGCGAGUAAAGAUAGCCCUCGGAGCUGCAAGGGGCAUUGCCCGUGUCCACGAAGAAAACAAUGGGAAGCUCGUCCAUGGCAACGUGAAAUCCUCCAACAUAUUCCUAAACCCUCAAUACUAUGGGUGUGUGUCGGAUCCUGGUCUGGCAGCAGUAAUGAGCUCGGUGCCUCCACCAGUAGCUCGUGCUGCAGGGUACCGCGCCCCGGAGGUGACAGACACGCGCAAGGCAACACAGGCGUCGGAUGUGUACAGCUUCGGAGUGAUCCUACUGGAGCUCCUGACAGGCAAGUCCCCAAUACACACGACCAAUGGGGACGAGAUCCUCCAUCUGGUGCGGUGGGUCCACUCAGUGGUCCGGGAGGAGUGGACAGCGGAGGUCUUCGACCUUGAACUACUCAAGUAUCCGAAUAUAGAGGAGUUGGUGGAGAUGUUGCAGAUAGCUAUAGCUUGUGUGGUGAGGAUGGCAGAGCAGAGGCCUAAAAUGUCACAAGUUGUGAAGAUGAUUGAGAAUGUGAGGCCGGGCGAGGGCACCAUCCCAAUGCCUUCAUCACCGGGCGUCGUCUGAGUAGCUAACCUUGUCUUGUCUGAGGAGUUGGGUUCACCGCCUUGGUGGAUGCAGUUGAAAAGGAAGUUUGGACUAUAAUUUGACACUUGAUGAUGUUCAUCGAUUUUAUUCUGAUAUUCUUGAUCAAUUCUUGGUCAAUUAUUUACUACAUUACAUUUGAUAUUGAUCUAUUUAGUGCUUAAA